AUGUCCGGCAUAGCAGGCGACCUCCCCAACAUCAAAGCAGAGAACCUCCGCGACCUCAAAGCCCUGACGUUCGACGUCUUCGGCACAGUCGUAGACUGGCGAUCCUCGGUGGUGGACGAACUCACCUCCCGCGCAAAGACCAAGCUCGCCUCCUCCUCCUCCUCCUCUUCCGACGACGACACCAAGGAGAAGCUAGAAAAACUCGCAACCACAAACUGGCCCGCCUUCGCCCAAGAAUGGCGAAUCUCCUACAUGCGCUUCACGCGCGGCUACGUGCCGGCCCAAACACCCUGGAAAGACAUUGACGCGCACCACCACGACAGCCUCGUCGAGCUUUUGCGCGGCUGGGGGUUGGAGGGCGUAUACUCCGCCACCGAAAUCCGCGAGCUGAGUCAAGUAUGGCACCGUCUCCGGCCGUGGGCGGAUUCCGCAGAGGGUUUGCGCAGGUUGGGCGGGAAAUACGUAACCUCGACGCUGAGCAACGGGAACAGGACGUUGUUGGGGGAUUUGGAUACGUUUGGCGGGCUUGGGUUCAGGAAGAUUUUGUCGGCGGAGGAUUGGAGGGCGUAUAAGCCUAAUGAGGCGGUGUAUGAUGGCGCGGUGGAGGUUUUGGUUGGUGGUGGUGGCGGGGGCAAGGCGAGGGAGGUUGCGAUGGUGGCGGCGCAUUUGGGGGAUUUGAUGGCUGCUAGGGGACGGGGGAUGAGGACUGUUUAUGUUGAGAGGCCGGAGGAGGAGGAUUGGGAGGCUGGGAGUGAGAGGUAUGAGGAUGCCAAGGGGUGGGUUGAUGUUUGGGUUAAGGAGGGGGAGGGUGGGUUUGAGGAGGUUGCGAGGCGGUUGGGGGCUUGA